GACGCCGAUCUUGAAAAUGAAAAAGUCCGAGACAUCGAAACAGACGCGGAUGAUUAUUUGAACGGUGGAAAUAAUUCGCAAGAACAAGAGGAAGAGUUGCUGCAGUACUUUCAACAGAGUAAUUCGUCUAGUUCUGACGUGGAGACCAGCGUCAUCGGUUCCGAUGCUGAACAAAUUUCUCAUUCGGACAAGGUAUCACAAUUACGACUGAUAUUACAACAGAAUUUGAAGGCAUCUGCUAUCGCUACUAAUGUAACGCCUACGACUAUCAUUCGACAGAGCGUCGUUGCCGCGGAUAAGCGAGACUCCACGCAGAAAUGCAAUAACAAUCUUAUCCUUUCGACUCUACUGAAUCAUAAUCCGAGCAAUACUCGUCGUGUCAGCUUCGAGACGAACGUCAUCGAGCAUACCACCCAGGAGGCAGCAGCGCCGAGUGUAGUAGCCAAUACUGUACCGCAAAGUCCAAAUACGCGGCGCAGGAUAUUCAACUUUACUCCGAUCUCACCUGGACCGCACUCCCCGAUCAAUGGCCGGGCAUCCAAAUCCAAUUCGGCGAACGCCAGCCCAUUCGUCUCUCCGCGUAACACUCCGGUACCAAGGUCACGCAGUAACCUGCAGGCUGGCAGUUCCAGAUCGCGCGGUCAGAAGACCUUUUCACGUUCCAUCUCAUGCAGUGUUCCGUACACUAUCAAAACAACGGACACCUUUAUUGUACCGACAUCUAGCGGAGCGGAACCUACGCGCCAUGUGCUUACAAUUGCAACGACCGAUUCGUCAGAGGUCGUUCUAAAGGGCUCGCCAUGCACCGCAUUUUUGGACCUAACACCGCAGAAACAAUUAUUGAUCAAUUAUCCGAGCCAGGAAAAUCUACAAGAGAUCAAGAAUGUGUAUCAGAAGGAACCACCUCCACCCGAUCAGGAGAUCACGGAGCUUCUUCAUGCCGGCAGGCACUUGAAUAACGAGCAGUUAUUCUACAGAUCGCAAUCGGUACCGUUGCAUAGGAUGGUGAAUCCAAUGCAGUCCGUAAUAUCCCCAAUCUCGACUCAACACCUAUCGACGGUGCAGAGUCAAAGCUUUAACCCAUCGACGAGCAGCUCCGUCGCGCCUACCCUACCAAGCGAAUACAACGACUUCGGUUCUUCCAUCGGACAAGAGAGCACGUACUUACUGGACGACGCGAACUUCAUGUCGGACGAGCAGCAAUUUUUAAUGACGGACAAAGGGAUCACGUCGGAGAAUAUUAAUAACAUCCUUACAAUUUUGGAUGAGGAGGAGGGCCAAUCGAAUUUGCAAAUAUUGCAGACCGAACAGACCACGGAGGAGACUCUGAACAACGCGAUCGACCUCGCUUUACCGAAUACCAAUCUAAAUCUGUCGCAGGAAGACAUGUUGGAUCCGUCGAGUAUCCUCAGCGAUCCCGGCGGCGCGUUGCAGAAGAUAAUCCAAUCACGCUCGUAUCCCAACACGCCAUUGCCGGCUCCGGUGUCUUCGUACACGCCGUCGUACAUCGAGGACAGCAACGGUUCCAGGUCGUACCCGUCGACGCCGCUGCACACGGUGCAACCCCAGGAGGUGUACCAAGAUCCGAGCAACUCGAUGCUAUCCAACCCCAUUCUGAAUUCUCUCAGUUUGCAGAGCGACGCGAUCAACGUUGCUGUUUCUACCGUCACUGGCGUCACCGCCUGCACUAAUGUCGACACUGCCGCAACCGCUUCUUCCAACAAUCUGUGCAGGAACGUCGCCGAUCUCUUGGAGGCCAGUUUCCUCGGGGAGACUGAUCCUGAGACGGAUGAUCUGGACCCCCUCGGUAAUUUCGACGGCCUGCAGGAUAUGGACUCGUUGACGCCGUUGUUCAACGAAGUCACGGAGCCUAAUCGCUGAAUGAAACUCUGUUUUCUUUCAUCUCUCUGUAUCUUCGUAAUUUUUGCAUUCGCACAGGGGAGAAGUGUAAUAAACUAUAUAGACUGUU